GUUGUACAUGCACACAAGCCCCACUUCAUGGCUCUGCACUGUCAAGAAUUUGGAGGAAAAAACUACGAAGCUUCCAUGUCUCAUGUGGACAAGUUUGUGAAAGAACUGUUAUCGAGUGAUGCAAUGAAGGACUACAACCGAGCUCGAGUUUACCUGGAUGAGAACUACAAGUCACAGGAACAUUUUACGGUUCAAACCCACCCAAACCAACAAAACCAACCCAACCCGCUGGGUGUCGUCUCCCCCUUCUGAACACAAUCAUCUUAGUUUUGAAUCUUUCAGGAGAAAGCUAAUUUUAAUUAAAGCAAAUGGAAGUGAGGAAUUUAAUUUGACCUCUGCCAUGCAGCAGUUCCUAUCCUUGCGGAGGCAGCGAAGUGCCAAGCCUUCAGUGCGUGCCUCCAUCAGCGUCCUUCAUUGCCAUUGCAAAAUUCUCUUUGUGCUACAGGCUCUAGGAAGUUUUUACUUUCUUCAUGAAUCUUUGAAAAACAUCUACCAGUUUGAUUUUAAAGCUAAGAAGUAUAAAAAGGUUACUGGGAAAGAAAUCUACUCUGACACUUUAGAGAGCACGCCCAUGCUGGAAAAAGAGAAGUUUCCACAGGAUUAUUUCCCUGAGUGCAAGUGGUCCAGAAAAGGUUUCAUUCGAACAAGGUGGUGUAUUACUGAUUGUGCCUUUGACUUGGUAAACAUUCAUCUUUUCCAUGACGCUUCCAAUUUAAUUGCUUGGGAAACAAGCCCAUCGGUUUACUCAGGAAUACGGCAUAAGGCUCUUGGCUAUGUACUUGAUAGAAUUAUAGAUCAGCGGUUUGAGAAAGUUUCGUAUUUUGUCUUUGGAGAUUUCAACUUCAGACUGGACGCCAAAGCAGUCGUAGAGACGCUGUGUGCGAAGGCCACGAUGCAGACCGUGCGGGCGGCUGACACCAAUGAAGUGGUCAAGCUCAUAUUUCGGGAAUCUGAUAAUGACCGAAAGGUCAUGCUACAAUUAGAAAAGAAGCUCUUUGACUAUUUUAAUCAAGAUGUAUUUAGAGAUAACAAUGGCACCGCGCUUUUAGAGUUUGACAGAGAGCUGUCAGUCUUUAAAGACAGAUUGUAUGAACUGGACAUCUCAUUUCCUCCCAGUUACCCGUACAGUGAGGACUCCAGCCAGGGAAAGCAGUACAUGAAUACAAGAUGUCCAGCCUGGUGUGACAGAAUCCUGAUGUCCCACUCAGCCAAGGAGCUCAUUUUGAAAUCAGAAAAUGAUGAGAAGAUAGUAAUAUAUGACCACAUUGGGCCUAAUGUCUGCAUGGGGGAUCACAAGGAAAAAGAUGCCAACGGAACGAGAAGAUUUUCCGUGAAGCCAGCCUGUAGCAGGAGGGAAGGAGCACACCACGAACAGAAACACUUAAUCCUAACAGCUGUAUUGAUAAAUCAAGUCCCGAGUGCCACAUUUUUAGACUGCUGAUCGUACACUAUGCUUCAGCAUCUGGACUCUGUUUGAGAAAAGCCUCACAUACCUCACUGUCUUGUAUGUUCAUGUGACAUCAAGUAGAAACGUGGAAUUAUUUUUUAUAUAUAUGUCACGAUUCUGUUGCCAAAACUCUAAAUAGACAGCAGAGAUGUUCUGUAUUUUAGAUUUCACGACUUUCAACUUUUAGUAAGUGUUUGUCAAUGUGGAAAAGCAUAUUAUGAACUUCUAAAGGUGUCAUGCCUAACAUUAUAUAUCUUUACCACUUUGGGGUUUUGUACAUUGGAUUGUAUAGAUAGAGCUAUCGAUGGUUUUAAAUGGUAUUUUCUUUGUUGACCAAGGUUUAUGGUUUGUGUUUUUAGUUUUAGUAUUUUGGUUUUCAUUUUUAUAAUUUUUUUUCUCAUGUUAUUUACUAUACUGCCAUGUUACAUGGUUUUUGAAUCACACAGCAGCUGCUUUCUAUACAUACAUAUAUGUGUGUGUAUAUAUAUGUAUGUAUGUGUAUAUAUACACAGAUAUAUAAAUAAUUUAUAAACCUGACCAAAACUUAUGCUAAAUAUACUUUCCAAUAUGAAUGCUUGAGAGUGCCAUAUCAGCAGUUAGUGCCCGAGUCCUAGCAGGUUUAGUUAAGUGUACAUCAACAGCCAACAUUUAUAUAAUAAAUAAUAUAUAGCAGUGCCAUCCUGGAUACAGAUAUAUAUAGCAUACUAUAUAGCACAUAUAUUAGCAGUUUCACUUUGUUACUCCUAUAAUCCCUUCUUUCUAUGUAAUAUUAAGGAUUGAAUGUGAAGUUCUUAGCUAGGUUUGGGUGUAACUUUCCAGAAUUUUGUAAACUGGUUUUGUCUGUCUUUUGUUACUGUUUAUGGUGCCAAGUAUUCUAUAUUGAAAUAAUAACAACACGGGAGAAGAGAAUGAUAGUCUGCUUCAGGUAGCAGCUGUAUUGGACACAGACUGUAUUUAUACAGUGUUAAAAGAAGAAAAAAAAAAAACAACUGUAAAUUUUCCUGGUUAGUAGCUCGGUGCAGCUAUAAUAUAACCUCGUUACGAACAUUUUUCUCCCACCACUAAAUAAAACAUUAAAAGGUAAUUAGGGAGUCUGUUGAUGAAACACAAAUGUAUGUUUUAUUGAUUUAAUUUAGAACACUACAGAGUUCAUGGACUGCGUGAUGGCAUUAGAUUGAUGCUUGAUUUUGGUAUAAAUCACUACCAUUGAAAAUGAUUUGAUGUCUGCUUGCAGAGUGUGUUCUCAGCAGUACAAGCUGGGUUUCUGUUAAGUGCUGUUGCCCAGCGGGUGUUGCAGCUCUGUAUCGUCGUUGUGCCAUGUUGCAUUAUAACCACACAGUAAUUCUAUUUAAGCAAACUCAACUCAUAACUUCGAAGGCCUUUAGAAACGAGUACUCUGGUUCUCAAGCAAUAAAACUAAUCAUGGUGAA